UUUUUAACAUCUUAUAAGUAGUAAUGUCUUGAAAGUGGAAAAGUAUUUGGCAGCAGAUUAAAAUUGCAAGUUUCUUUGCAACCUCACAAUUAAACAAGAAUUUGAGAAAUGCAACUCUAUACAUUCCUGGGUACAUGUACUUUUAGACCUUAACCCAGACUGUAUGUCUGGGUUGCGGGCUAGAUGGGUGUUAAUUUCGACCCUUUUACAUGGACCCAACACCCUUCUGAAUCUCAACAGACGAUACAUACAUGUAAAUGUAAAUGUGUACCAACUGAUCUUAUCGUGAGGGAGGUGCUAGUAAUUCUAAAAAAUGACAGAUAUAUCCUGUCGUUAUGAUAAAGGCUGACAAAGCUUGACAAAGCUUGGCAAAAUAUAAGUAAUCCUGCUACAUACAACAGUACAUGUACAUGUCAUAACAGGAAAUACCUUUCUGUAAUCGACUCUCUCAUCCUCAUUAUCUCCUAAUAAUGACAUAGUUUUGGGGGAAAUAUAAAUAGUUGGCAUGCUUGCAUGUACAUAAAUACUUGACAGUAGUUCCUUUAAUGACAUGGGGUGACAAACCAGUGGGACUCUUUUACUCACUGAAUGGACUUUGCGACCUAGAGAUUUUGUUUUUUCUAUGUUGGGGUGCAAAAAAAAAAGUUAGUGAACGAAUGGGGAAGUUUGCCCUCAAAAAUACAGGGGUUGAACUAAUCCAAAGUCUGACUAAGGUGCUACAUGUAAAUGUAGAGCAGACAGGAUAGAGAGCGAGAGAGAGGUUUAAUUAGUUAGUAUAGGGAAGACGUGCAAGCGAAAAGCUGCCAGGAAUCGGUGACGUUACCAGAGGCAUCCUCUCUAUCAGUUACAUCAGGUGAACGAGGAGACUCUUGCUUUGUUUCACCGGUUUGACGAUUCCCCUCUGGAUUCCUAUCGCGGCUGACCUGUCGAGCAAGCCUGGUUGUUGACGUUGGAGAAAAGGAACUCGAGUCAUACAAAGAGAGUGCUCAGGUGGAAAACUAGCUUAAACUUUGCAGUGAAUAGACCGACUUCACAAUUUUCCCAGCCAUUUUUCUGCAUUGUGUUGGUGAUUUAGGUUCAGCUAGUUCCCUGUUGCAGUACACCUAGCCACUUUGGAAUUUCGCAAAUCACUUUGGAACUUGUUUACCAGCAGUUUUGAAAGGUUUUAUGUAACUGUCAUGUGCUCCAUUUUGUAACUAGUACAGUACUUCAUUACUUGUGUUUGAGGACAGAUUGUUUGUUUUAAGUGUCGAAGGAUUGGAUAUCACUGACAUAACAGAGCUACAUGUAGUGGCUUGACAAUUAUACAUUUAGGUGUUUCAAAACAAACAGGACUUUGGAACUGAUUGUCCCAAGAAUUUGCAAUAAAUGCAAUAAUAUGUUUUUGCACAGAAGAGUGCACAGGGCAGACGUUGUUUGAGAGCUCCACUGUGUGACACUACAUGGAUAGAGGAACUUGUUGAGGUACUACUUUUAACGUGGACAUGACUUUGGUAGGAAUGGCAGGUGAACAGCAGCAAGAUAUUUCUGGCAAGAUCAAAAGAUUCGAGAGGGCUUCGAUGAAAUUGGAAAACAGAGGUCCCGAGGGGAAAGCCAAAGUGAAAGAUGCAAACGACAAUUACACCACUGAACUUGAAACCAAGCAGGAUGGCAUAGGGAAGAAGAUUCAGCUUAUGGAGGCGAGGCUUGGAAGCAUCGAUGAAGAAAAUAGUCGCCAAGACGAUGAGAAACCCAGGAGUCCCAGUGAUGUCUUGUUGAAAAGAAGUCCAAGAUCUGCCUCGAAUGAGAAUCUUCUGGCUGUUGGGAGUCCCGAACUUAGGAGAAAAAUGUCGAGCCAUUUCCUCAGAAAAUCCUCAGCGCCUAGUCUAUUAGCGACUGUUCCAGAUGAAAGUAGAUUUUCAAAAGCAGAUGACCAAACAAAAGAGAAGGAACAGUUUGUCAGAGAAGAUGUGCCACAUGUGUUUGUGUUCCCCAGUGCUGACUCUGAUAAGAUCAAAGAGACUGAAGAGGGUCAGCAUGGAGAGAGAGAAGGAGAGCAUUUGGGUGGAGGACAGAGUGGUGGAAAGGACGGAGGGAAAGGGAUGACAAAGAGGAUUUCUCGCGUCAGGAAGAGUAUGAGUAUGAGGUUUUCAAGAAGAGAAAAGAAAAGCCACGACACUGAUCACGCAAGCAAAGGAAAGAACGAAGCGACAGAGAAUGAGGAUUGUAAGCAAGUCGAGGAAAAAGACAAGUGCCAAGUCAGUAUUAUUGUUAGCAAAUCGCCGAGUGACAUCCCACCCAACAAGGAAAUAGUGAGAGAACUGUCAAGUUUUAAGUUCAAAGGACCGAGACCCGUUGAUGAACGUGGUGUUACAAAGAGCACGUCAGACAAGGCCACUCCAGAAACGUCCUUGAUGGAUGUAAAUCCCAAGCAAGGCGAUAGCGGAGAUGGGAAGAAGGGUUUGGUCGCCGUGAAACCCAACCGUCGACGGAACCGUCAAAUUCAACUCCCAGUGCCACCGUCCAAGCCUCCAAGCCAACGCCAGACAAACAGCAUCCAUGAAUAUGACCUGAUCAGUUUUGGUGAUGACGGCGCCCAGGGUGUCCAGGGUGUCCCAUCAAUGAUGAGCAGCGAUAAAGAACAGGAGGAGAAACCAUUGAACCCGGUGUAUGCUACUCUGUGCCCAUCUGAUGAGGAAGAGGAGGGCAGCUCUGACGCAGAUCCUGCAAUCCGUGAGGACAUCAAGUUCAUUGACACACGCUUCAUCGCGAGCCGCACCAUAGACAGAAAGUUCGCUGAACAUGUCUACGAGGAUAUCGACAAGGUGAUGGCAAAGGUCAAAAAGCUGCCGGUUCCCGAUAUAGGAGCAUAUCAAGUUUCGAAUCUUACACACACUGAUAUAGAACCAGUUAAACCUGUAGUUUAUGAUGAACCCCAGGCACAUAUAGAAAGUAGCCCUCAUCAUUCACCAAAACCAGUCUCCUAUGAUCAACCUGCUUCGUACACACCGACACCGAGCAGAGAGAUCCCCCAGAACUCUGGUGGGGAUGGCGUGGUCAAGAACCCUGGAGCCCGCAACUGGGCGCAUCGGCUGCCAUCAGACACCAGCAGCGGCAGCCCGCAGAGCUAUGACGUACCCCAGACAGGUCCCAAAGGAUCUCAGAAGCCCCACCUAGGGUCGGGAAGAGGAGGGGGAAGCACGCCCCACAGUCCAACAACAGUUGUCCCUCCGCAAGAUGAUCUGAGUGUACCCCGUGGUUGGAGAGUGGAACAGACUGUCACAAGAGACCCUGUUUUCAUCAAUGAGAUCACAUCAGAAAAGUGGUAUAAAGCAACUCCAACGCAGGGAGAGCCUUACUACUACAGUGAAGACAGGUCACAGACACGCUGGGAUCUACCGUCAGUGCCCUCUUCUCCUCGCCAUCGCAUGGUAUCGGAAGGUGGAGGUCAAGCCGACGAGCCCAAGCUACCCAGCCAAAAGCUCCGCCAGGGGAAAGCGUCAUCGGUGCGCCCUCAUUCCUUCCACCCUCACUUACGGUCUUCCAGCCCCAGUAUACCUUACGACGGCCGCUUUGUAGACAAUCCGUCCCCACCUGUAACUAAUCAGAAAGAUGAAAUUAAGCGAAGAUUUAAUAAUAGGAUAAGCUUAUACGCGCCGACUGAGAUGGAAGUGAGAGAGAAGGAGGGUAUGCUGAGCAUGGUGCUGAUGAAAGAUAGAGUGCCGAAGAAGAAGAGCCGGCCGGGGUACGCGGUCUUGGCCGGUUCACAACUCAAAUACUACAAAGAUCACAAGCACUAUGAGCGGGAUGCAAGUAACCCUGAAGUGAGUCUAACCUUAUUCAGAAAUGAGGUUUGCUGGUGCAGAAGUAGAACUCCAGGAAAGAGAUUAAUCUUUGAGCUGUCUACCACCGAUCAAGGUAUUUUCCUGGUCCAGGGAGAGGAUGAGAUGACUAGUCAGGCAUGGUUUGAAGCCAUCAGAGGAGCAGUUGGAGGUCGAACAGGGUCAUCUUCCGACAUUCCCGAGGAACUUUAUAACUCCUCGCCUCUGACACCAACUGGUUUGUCACCACCGGUUCCCGAUGCCCCUCCCAUGAAGAAGAGCAACAGUAGGAUCAGAGAGAAACUGAAGAACUUCAUCUUCACGAGACCCGACAAAGAAGACCUGAGACGCAAGGGCAUCUUACAAGAGGAGAAUGUGUUUGGGAAGGACAUCGGGAAGUUAUGUGAGAAGGAGAGGACGACGGUACCAGGCUUCGUCAACCAGUGCAUCAGGUGCAUCGACAAGAGAGGGCUGGAGUGCGACGGUAUUUACAGGGUCAGCGGAAACCUCUCUCUCAUACAGAAAUUACGUUUCCUCGUCGAUCAAGAGAAACCCAUAGAUCUGGAGUCAUCACCGUGGAAGGAAGACAUCCAUGUUAUAGCCGGCGCUCUCAAGCUCUACUUCAGGGAACUUCCGGAGCCACUAUUCACCUUCAACACCUUUGACAAGUUUAUAGCAUCCAUCAAUCAAAUACCUGGUACUGAUCAGAAGAUCUUAGCAUUCCGAGAGCUGUUUGGCGAGAUGCCUCGCGUGAACCAAGAUACCAUCUUUGCCCUCUUCUCGCAUCUCAAAAGGGUCAUGGAUAACGUCCAUCACAACCGUAUGCCGGCCAAGAACGUGGCAACGGUCUUCGGCCCCACCCUCAUGUGGCCCGAGCGGGAGAACAUAAACAUGGCCAUGGCGACCGUCUACCAGAACCAAGUCAUGGAGUUUGUCUUAUUAGAAUUUGACAACAUCUUCCGGUAGUGAGCUCCGCCCGUGUUCUCCUGGACUUUGUUUUGUAGAACAAUGCGGAAACCAGCAUGUGGGACUGAAGCUAAGAGUCUGGCCAGAACUUGGCAUGUGGCUGUAGCAAUGUUUUGCUUAGCACAUGUCUCCUAUUCCUAAGGACGAGUAUUGGAAUGAUAAUUUGUCAUAAAUCAAGUUGCUCACACGUAUGUAAUUGUAAUAGCUGAUGAACGUAAAAAGAGCCAUUAUCGCCAUGUUUAUCAUGUUCGUGGACUGUCACCAAUUCAAGUACACGUACCAGGGACUGAAUCCAGACUUCAAUAGUGUGUAGACAUUGCCAAAUAAACCCAACUAGUUGAUUAAUAUUCGCGCAUCAUUGUUUAACGAUCCUCUGUUGCAUGGAAAUGUCUUCAAUGGAUAGUUUUCGGAGCUUCCGCAAACAAGACAACACCCAGAGGAUACUGAGAAUGGGAAGAAAUAGAUGGGGUUUGUAUCUACAAGAAAGUCAUAAUUUUAAGUGUGCACAAAAGUAACUGUACAGUAAUGCAUCAGUAGCCUAUACAACUGAUGGAGGCUUUGCAAUUCAUGUUGAAUCUGUUCAGUUGACGAGACCAACGUUCCUCAUCUCCUCCUUUGUUGGUAUCACUGGAAGCAUGGCAAAUAGCCCAGAAGUGUGUGAGUCCUUGCUCAUACUCAAGGUAGAACAUUCCAUUGAUCAGCCUGCAUUGUCGCGGUUGAAACCGGACAUGGAUCAAGCAGUGGGUAAUAUUAGUCAGGACUCAACGACAGCAAGACUGGUUCUCCUGUGGACCUGGGAGGGAUCACCCACUGGGUGAUCUGAGGAAAAGAAUCCAGGGACCCGUUUCACAAAGCUUUUUUUCAAUGACAAAUGACAAAAAUCAACAAAUGACAACCAAUCAGAAGCAAGGAUUUCAGUAGCUUAUAACAAAAACUCUCAUUUGCCACUGACAAGUUUUGUGAAAAAAAGGAUCUCUGAUACAUUCACACUUGUGUGACAAAGGGGCAAUGUACUAAAACUUGAAACAGUGAAGUUUUUAAAGAGUAAUAAUUUUAUGUUCUGUUGACAGUAAUAAUUUCAUGUUUUUUUAAGAAUAUGAUUCCUUUCGAUGACAGAAAAGUUCCUGAUGCUUCCGCAAAAUGCUCCAUCUCAUCAUGUCUUUUUAAAAUGUCUUUCAAGAGAGAUUUAUUUCAUUGUAUCGUAUGUUUUCAGCAGCAUGAGUGGAGCUGCAACUGCAGUCAUUCAGCUCAAAAAGUUUAAUAUUUUUUUGCAAUGUUUUAAAGAAAUUCCCUAUAGUGGAAAAUAUAUAUUAUGAGUUGAAUCAUGUGACAUAUUGUUUCUUUCGUUAUAAGUUCUAAGCAUAUUAUAUUCUCAAUUCUAUUUUUGUAAUUCUUGAGUUACUUGCAUACAAAAGGGUAUUAUAUUCACAGAUUUAUUCCUUUUUAUGUUUUAAAUGCAUUUAUGAAUAAUUUUGCACAGGCUCUGAAGAUUAUUUGUUUUCCUUCUAUUUAGUAUGUUAUUUCCCACUGAUUCCCCCCAUAUCCAUUUUGUGUAAUAUUUACCUAGCUAUAGUUUAGAUACCUCUGCUUAAAGACAUUAGUAGUUACUACGGUAUUUCCCUGCUUACUCACAAUUUGGGACCUGUUUCACAAAGCCUUUUCUCAAUGACAAAUGGCAAAAAUCAGUGACAUAUCUGCUUGAUAACCAAUCAGAAGCAAGGAUUUCAGUAGCUAAUAACAAAAACUGUCAUUUGUCACUGAUGACAAGUUUUGUGAAACGGUUCCCUGGUCAUGGAUAUGUUAUUGAGAAAGAUUUGAUGACUAACAUGGAGAGAUGCAUGCAUUCUGUAUUCAGGAGCAAGAAUUAGAACCCAUGAAUAGUUUCGGUUAAUCUUUCACUGACAAUACCGAUGGAAGCCAGAGGCGCAAUUAGUUUGUAGGUUGGUCAGAUAUUUAUCAUUACAAUCAAUGUCUCUUGCUGCUAAAAGAGCCACGGUAUUCCCUUCUCCAAAAAUAUGCAGGCUGAUACUUUUUUACGAAAAAAAAAGUCUUUCCAAUUUAAUUCCAACACUUUAAGUCCUUCGCAUUUACAGAUAUAAAUCAGAAAUGGAACGACAAUACAUUGUCAUUUGAAUACUGCUUGGUAGUUUUAGUCCGAACAAAAUUCAUUGUAAUUAAUAUCAGUGACGAUUUAAAUACAUAAAUGCAUGUUACUGGAACAUCAUUACCAAAAUCCCUUCAUUUUGAAAUUCAUUCAACAUCUCAAUUUACUUAUCGUAUGGUUUGAUAGUUAUAAAAUGUUCAGAUUUAUUCAUAAACUUGAAGCAUAAUUCAUUUUUAUAUGUCCAUGUAUAUUCCCAUGUAUUGAAUUACAUGUAUAUUUAUUUACUUACAGUGUACAGUGUAUAAGGGGCACACAUUCAAGAAAAGUAAUGUGCAGAGUAUUAUGAAAGGCCUUUAAAGGGCCUUUUAGAGAAAUCAGCAUCGUCUGAUCAACUCUAAAAAUAUGAAUUUUUACCUGUCUUUGAUUUUUACUGGAAAGGCCAUGAAUAUUGUAUUCAAUGAAUUUGUGUACUUAAUAAGAAGAAAUGCAAUAAGGAAAGAUUUUAGGUUUUUAAAGCCCACGGUAUCUUUCACUGGCUGUACAAUUGAAAUCACUAUAUUUGAUAAUACAUGCUGCAGGUAGAAUGCAGAAAAUUAGGAACAAUUUUAAGUUUUAAUGAUUGGUUGUACUCUGAGCAGUGAUUCAUUCACUAUUGUAGCAAAUACCAUAUGCUCCUGUUUUACUCAAAUUUUCAAAGCAACAAAUGAUUGAGCUACCUGAUAUGAAACCAUAUUACAUGUAAAUUGUUAGCUGCAAAAAUGUAAAGUGCACUGAAUCUAAUGUACAGCACAAUUCUACUAUACUGAGCCAGAUAUUGAUUUUACAAUAUUUGAAGCAAUGUAGAUGUUAGAUUAUGAAAUAAUGAAUAAGCCAAGUAAGUCCACAAGCUGACCACUGUCGUUUUGAUUUGAAGAGUUUUACCCAACCAAAAAGCCAAGAAAUUGAUUUCAAAGACACUCUUGUUAAUUUGAAUUUGCCCUCAAAGCAAGACAAUUUAGUUCCGUGCCAAAUCAGUGCAUAUGUUUGUCAUUUUUUAAUUCACUUUUUUUCAUUUUUGGUCGUUUUGAUAAAGGUUUCGCAAGAGAUCGUGAGGUAAAUACUAAACACUUUUCAGCGAAGUUUAGAUUAACAUAAAAUUCAAGUUUAAAGUACCCUAGGCAAUGAGUAGGACCAAACCUAACAUCAACAAUCUGUAGAAUUGAUAUAACCAAAAAGAUUAAGAUGUCAAACACCUCAUUCCUUUAAUUUUGACCUAACAAUUGAACACCCCCCCCCCCUCUCAUUUAAUUGUGACCAAACAAUCGUAUUAUAAUUAUCAAUGUUAAUGUGAGUCUUGAUCCCAUCGUUAGAUGUUUCAAUUAUUUGUAUCUCACAUUUUGAGACUUACAUUCCAAAAGUGUUCCACUAGACAAAUAUGUUUAUUAAUCAAUACCACAAAGUAGUAAAAAUAGGACUGGGCUGUGUCUCAAUUCAUCUCCUUUUCAUGUACUUAAUUCUUGAGACCUGUCACAAAUAUUAAAAACAAGGUAAUCCUAAAUGAACUCCGUAUAUUUGGUAAUGAUACUGUAGCCGCUUUGUUGUAACAGAAAAGGCACUUUUCAAGAAAAAGAAACCAUUGUUACCUUAUUGUCAAAAUCUAACUUGCAUCUACAAUGUAUUUCCUGAAAUUGUGGGUAAUAUUUUUCUCCCUUUUGAGGUAUUCUUUCGCUUAACUCUCUUAUUUUUCUAGCGAAUGAUGAAGAACAUAUUCUGAAAGUUCUAUCAUGCAUUUCAGCACAAAUGGGCAUGAUACAUAUUGAUAUAAGCCAUGCAGCUUUCAAUAUUUCCCUCAUUAAUGGAUAUAUCAUUUUUUUUUUAUGGGUAUGGUAUAAUUCAAAUUUUGAUCUGUUGAGUAUUAACUGAUCCGGAAACAGUGACAUCCAGUUGUUUCUCAAGAUAUUGCUUUGAAAAAAAUAUGAUUAAACAGAAGUUAUAGACAUAAGUAAGGAUUAGAGUCCUGGAAAUAUACAGUAAUCUUGCACUACAGAUAUUUUUUAAGUAGGUAAACUUGUACUGUAGUGAGUAGAUAUGAAAUUCAAAAAAAAGAAAAGGAAUCUGGUUUGAAAAAAAACCAACACAGAUUGUAUUCUGAUGAUAUUUUUGCACUAAAUUUGUAGGAAGACUGUACUUAUAGAGAACAAUUAAUGUAUACAGAUAUGUAAAUGUUAUGGAUAUUCCUCAUGGUAGGGUAUUUUUUAAAUGUACACAAUAAAGCCCACCGCAUACUAUA